AUGACUGUGACACCAAAUGGAGUCGGGUUGGCGGAACUAGCUGCCUGCCGGAGGAGUUCGCUGCUCCAGCCCCAGCGCCUCCGCUGGGUGGAGGAGAGAGAGAAGGAGGCUGGGGGAGCAGCGCGCCCCAAAAUGCCACCCACCCUGUUCCAGAAGCUCUUCAACAAGAAGUACGGGCUGAUUUCCCCUGCCCGGGACUCCAGGGAGGAGUGUGUCUUCAGCUGGCCUUUGCCCGAGUUUGACCCAAGUCAGAUCCGACUGAUUGUGUAUCAGGACUGUGAAAGAAGAGGACGAAAUGUCUUAUUUGACUCCAGCUCUAAAAGAAAAACCGAGGAUGUAUCCGUGUCGAAACUCUGUAGUGAUGCUCAGGUGAGAGUCUUUGGGAAAUGUUGCCAACUGAAGCCUGGAGGAGACAGUUCCUCUUCCUUGGACAGUUCCAUCAAUUCAUCUUCCUCGUCUUCUGAUACGAAAGACCAAUGCCCAAAAUACCAGGGUUCUCGAUGCUCUUCUGAUGCCAAUAUGCUUGGGGAGAUGAUGUUUGGCUCUGUGGCCAUGAGCUACAAGGGUUCUACGUUGAAAAUUCACCAGAUCCGCUCCCCUCAUCAGCUCAUGCUUAGCAAGGUUUUUACAGCUCGAACUGGAAGUAGCAUCUAUGGAAGUCUAAACACGUUGCAGGAUAGUCUUGAGUUCAUUAAUCAGGACAGUAAUACAUUAAAGCCAGACCAUAGUACAAUUAUGAAUGGACUCCUUGGAAAUAUAGGUCUUUCACAGCUUUGCAGCCCUAGGCGAGCGUUCUCUGAACAAGGUCCGCUCCGCCUGAUCCGGAGCGCCUCUUUCUUUGCAGUUCACAGCAACCCUAUGGACAUGCCUGGGAGGGAGCAGAAUGAGGAUAGAGACAGCGGCAUAGCAAGAUCUGCAUCUCUUAGCAGCCUGCUCAUCACUCCAUUUCCCUCCCCGGGCUCUUCACUUACCAGAAGCUGUGCCAGCAGUUACCAAAGACGCUGGCGUCGCAGUCAGACCACAAGCUUGGAGAAUGGGGUCUUCCCUAGAUGGUCCGUGGAGGAAAGUUUUAAUUUGUCAGAUGACAGCUCUGGUCCCAGCCCGGGAAUUGUUAGGAAAAAGAAGAUCGCAAUUGGUGUGAUAUUUUCACUCUCAAAGGAUGAAGAUGAAAAUAAUAAAUUUCACGAGUUCUUUUUCUCACAUUUCCCUCUUUUUGAGAGUCACAUGAACAAACUGAAGAGUGCAAUAGAACAGGCUAUGAAAAUGAGCCGUAGAUCAGCUGAUGCCAGUCAGCGGAGCUUGGCAUAUAACAGAAUUGUAGACGCCCUAAAUGAAUUCAGAACAACUAUUUGCAAUCUCUAUACCAUGCCGCGUAUUGGCGAACCUGUCUGGCUUACCAUGAUGUCGGGGAUCCCAGAAAAGAACCAGCUGUGCCAUCGCUUCAUGAAGGAGUUCACUUUCUUAAUGGAAAAUGCCUCCAAAAAUCAAUUUUUACCAGCCCUUCUGACUGCAAUUCUGACUAACCAUCUGGCCUGGGUCCCGACAGUCAUGCCAAAUGGACAGCCACCUAUAAAAAUCUUCCUGGAAAAGCAUUCCUCCCAGAGUGUGGACAUGUUAGCCAAGACUCAUCCAUACAACCCACUGUGGGCACAACUAGGAGACUUGUAUGGGGCUAUUGGAUCACCUGUGAGAUUAGCAAAAACAGUGGUGGUUGGUAAAAGACAAGAUCUAGUCCAGAGAUUGCUUUAUUUCCUCACUUACUUCAUAAGAUGCUCUGAACUACAAGAGACGCAUCUUCUAGAAAAUGGGGAAGAUGAAGCCAUAGUAAUGCCGGGAACAGUUAUUACUACUACGCUGGAGAAAGGAGAAGUAGAGGAAUCUGAAUAUGUGCUCAUAACAAUCCACAGGAACAGAAGCAAUUUGCUAUCUAGUGAGUCUGAAGAAAUGAGAACUCCUAACUGUGGCUGUAAAUAUUGCAAGUGUCCACUUCUUCUUGGGCAAAAUACAGAAGGUGUUUCACAUCAAGAGAGAGAAUAUGCCCCAAAUGCCUCUAAGGUGGAGCAGGAGACUUCUUCAGAUGAGAGCAGGACAACUUCUGCUGCUGACUGCCAAGAAAAUGCUGCUGACAUUAAGCAGUGCAAGGAUAAAUUGAUAUCUUGUCUGGACACCAAAUUGGAGACAGUAAUCUGCACGGGGUCAGCGUCAGUGGACAAAUGUGCAAUGGCAGAGUCGGGAUUAGAGCCAACAGCAGGAACGUGGAAGACUGAGGAGUCACUGGAGUCUGGUAACCAGGCCAGCAGAGUAACAAGAUCAACAGGUAUAGCAGUGGAAAAGAAGCCUCCGGAUAAGCUCUUGUCUGAUGCAUUUCCUUGUAGUACCGCUGAGGCUCAGACAAAGGUGACUUUCCUGAUUGGAGAUUCCAUGUCUCCUGAUUCAGAUAUUGACCUCAGAAGUCAAGCAGUCGUGGAACAAAUUGCUAGGCAUCACAACCAAGCAGCAAUGGAGGAAGGAGCGAGUGCUGCUCAGAACUGUGAAGCAAAACAAACUGUUGAGGACCAAACUAGAGGCUGUGGGACAGCUGAACCGUUCCCUCGAGUUGCCAGCGAGCAUCAGAAUUGGAAUCCGAAUCCUUACAAUGCAGAGAGCAUGAGUCUGUUUGAUGAGUAUUUUACGGAUGAUGGUUCGAUUGAAACCAGGACUAUUGAUGAUAUUCCAGUGCAAGCAGCUAUAGAGGUUCUAGAUCAUGGCAGUAGUUUAGAACUUUCUAAAAAAUUAGGUACAACGAACAGCAAACUACCCAGUGAAUUUUGUAAAUUUAUGGAAUCUGUUCGCCAGGAGACAUGCAAAAACUGUUUUGCUGAGCAGGACCAAAGAGACAAAAUCUCUAUUUGUGUCCCCCAUGGGGAUAAAGAGAAUUCAGAGAAAAAAGUUGCCCCAGGAUCUGAUUGGGACAUUCCAAGAAAUGAGAGCUCAGAUAGUGCUCUCGGUGACAGUGAAAGUGAAGAUACAGGUCAUGAUCUAACCAGACAAAACAGUAACUACUACGUAGGAGAGCACGAAGAUUGGACAGAAGAAGAUGAGAUCCCUUUUCCUGGGUCAAAAUUAGUUGAAGUGAACUCUAUCCAGCCCAGUAUUGCCAAUUUUGGAAGGUCCUUGCUAGGUGGCUACUGUUCAUCUUACGUACCUGACUUUGUUUUGCAAGGAGUAGGAAAUGAUGAAAAACUGAGACACUGUUUGGUGUCGGAUUUGUCGCAUGCGGUGCAGCAUCCUGUUUUGGAUGAACCAAUUGCAGAGGCUGUUUGCAUUAUCGCAGACACGGAUAAAUGGACAGUGCAAGUGGCCAGUAGCCAAAGGCGAAUGAUUGAUAAUAAACUAGGAAAAGAGGUGUUAGUCUCUAGCCUUGUCUCCAACCUGCUUCAUUCCACUCUUCAGCUUUACAAGCAUAAUUUAUCUCCAAAUUUUUGUGUUAUGCACCUGGAAGAUCGGCUGCAAGAGCUGUAUUUCAAAAGCAAGAUGCUGUCUGAAUACCUCAAGGGCCAGAUGCGAGUUCAUGUCAAAGAGCUGGGCGUGAUACUGGGGAUUGAAUCCAGCGACCUCCCUUUACUGGCAGCUGUAGCAAGCACUCACUCUCCAUAUGUUGCCCAGAUACUACUUUAAAAUGCUGGAGGGCAUAGAGAUUAACUUUUUUUUUUCCCCUGGAAAUGAAACGGAAGACAAGGAGACAGACAUGAAACACACUUGUCCUGGUUCCUUUUCGCUGGAGGCAACUGAACUGAACAGCUUGCUGAGCUGACUGAGUCUCAGUCAUUGACUGCAUAUUAUACAAACAAUUGGAGAGUUCUUC